CCUCCCCCCUCCCCCCCGAACUUUCCCUCUCGCAUGCUUUUCCCCCGCACCACGGAUCGCCUCUCGGAUGCCGCUUCCCGGGGAGCUGUGCUAAGAGCGAUCGGCGGCGGUGGCGGUGGCGGCGGCAGCUCGGGAGUGCUAUGACCGGCAAACUCGCCGAGAAGCUGCCGGUGACCAUGAGCAGUUUGCUAAACCAACUGCCUGACAAUCUGUACCCCGAGGAGAUCCCCAGCUCUCUCAACCUCUUCUCCGGCAGCAGCGACGCGGUGGCUCAUUACAACCAGAUGGCUACAGAGAAUGUGAUGGACAUCGGUCUGGCGAACGAGAAGCCCAACCAGGAACUCUCUUACUCCGGCUCCUUCCAGCCCGCUCCGGGCAACAAGACGGUGACCUACUUGGGGAAGUUCGCCUUCGACUCCCCUUCCAACUGGUGUCAGGACAACAUCAUCAGCCUCAUGAGCGCCGGCAUCCUAGGGGUGCCCCCGGCCACCGGGGCGCUCAGUACACAGACCUCUACCGCCAGCAUGGUGCAGCCGCAGGGCGAGGUGGAACCCAUGUACCCGGCGUUGCCCCCUUACUCCAACUGCAGCGACCUCUAUUCUGAGCCCGUGUCUUUCCAUGACCCUCAGGGCAACCCCGGGCUCGCCUAUUCCCCCCAGGAUUACCAGUCCGCCAAGCCCGGUUUGGACAGUAACCUUUUCCCCAUGAUCCCCGACUACAACCUGUACCACCACCCCAACGAGAUGGGAUCCGUCACGGAGCACAAGCCCUUCCAGAGCAUGGAUCCCAUCCGGGUCAACCCGCCCCCCAUCACCCCCCUGGAGACCAUCAAGGCUUUCAAGGACAAACAGAUUCACCCCGGCUUCGGCAGCUUGCCCCAACCGCCGCUCACUCUCAAGCCCAUCCGGCCCCGCAAGUACCCCAACCGACCCAGCAAGACCCCGCUCCACGAACGACCCCACGCGUGUCCGGCCGAGGGUUGCGACCGCCGCUUCAGCCGCUCAGACGAGCUGACCCGGCACCUGCGUAUCCACACUGGCCACAAGCCCUUCCAGUGUAGGAUCUGCAUGCGCAGUUUCAGCCGCAGCGACCACCUCACCACCCACAUCCGCACUCACACGGGCGAGAAGCCCUUUGCCUGCGAGUUCUGCGGGCGCAAGUUCGCGCGCAGCGACGAGCGCAAGCGCCACGCCAAAAUCCACCUCAAACAGAAGGAGAAGAAGGCAGAGAAGGGGGGAGCGGCCUCCGCCUCCUCGGCGCCCCCUGUAUCUCUGGCUCCCGUCGUCACCCACCUGCGCCUGAGGACCUGGCUCCGGCUCCAGACCCCACUUUUCCCCUCCAGUGCCUCCCAGUUGCUGCCUUGAAAGUAAUGGGGCACCCCGCCGCGGAGGAGCAGGGGCCGCGCCCUGGCCUCUCCCUGGACGCACGGCCCCCAACUCCCCUAUGAUGCUUCCUACCCACCCCCUCGGCACUAGCCUAGGAGUCGGGGUCCAGAUGGGGGAACCCUCCCCCUCGCCGCCGCCCUUCACUGGGUAGGGGGGUGUGGAAAGGUGGCGUCUAGCCCGCUUUGUUCAACUCGGAUCGCCUUGAUCCACAGGGGGCAGGUGGGACUCACCAGGGACCUUACGAAGACUUGUGGGUGGGGUGAGGAGCUUAGUCCGACCCUUGCACACCCCACCGCCCUCCGUCUCCACCUCCCCCGCCCCCCAUCUUGGAGACGGGGGUGGGAGGGGGGGAGAUGAGGAGCGCACCAAAGCGCAGUGCUUGCUGCCCGCCGUGUGCGCGCCUGCGUGCGUGUGUGUGUGUGUGUGUGUGUGUGUGUGUGUGUGAGAUGUAUGUAUGUUUGUGACUGAGCUCUCAACUGGGCUGUUUUACCAUCCUCCCCUCAAAAAAAAAACUCCCCUUCCCACACCCAGUCCCCAGGCUUUUUGGAGGAGAGCCAGGGCAGAUAGCUGGCAUUGGGGGUCGGCCCGCGGGGCGGGACGAGGUGGGCUUUAUUUCGUCUGAUGAGAAAUCUUUCUUAGCGAAAUGCCUCGGAUGCCGCCGCCUUGGGGUCUCCUUUGGUCCCUGGGUCUUUAACCUCUUCCCUCCAUGGCCCUCAGGGCGCUUACUCUCACCUGCCUGGAGAAGGGGGCAGCCAUAACUGAGCCUGCUUUUUUUCUUUAUUUCCUCUUUUCAUUCUUUCCAUAUAUUUUUCUCUCCUCCUUUUCCUUUCUUUUUUUUUA